GCUGCUGAAAUCAAAGACACAUCUCAGAAGUGUAAACAGAAGCAAGAUUCUUUGGAGAUGAAAGAUAAACAAAUUGAAGAAAUUCAUCAAGCUUUGAGAAUGAAAAAAGAUGAAGAAAUGGACAGACAGAGGAAAAUACACAACACUCACAAGAUGAUAGAGGACUGGAAGAAUGAGCUUCAUAAAAUGGCAGCCUGUGAGAAUCUUCAGCCACAAACUGAUGCUGUUAAUAAUGAGUUGAAAAAAUUACAAGAGGAAAGAGCAAAUAUUGAUAGUGAUAUCAGUGAUCUAACAGCAGAGAAAAUGAACCAAGAGAGGGAAAAGAACAGAUUAAUUGAUCGCCUUGGACAGCUUAAUAAUAUAAUGAAUAUGAAGGAAGAGAAUCUUAAAGGGAGAUUUCGAGACACACACACUGCUCUUAUGUGGCUACGAAAGAACAAAGACAAGUUUAAAAAAAAAGUUUGUGAACCCAUUAUGCUUGAAAUCAAUAUGAAAGACAACAGACAUUCUAAAUAUGUUGAAAAUCACAUUUCAGCCAAUGACAUGCGGGCUUUUGUUUUUGAAAGUCAAGAAGAUAUGGAAAUGUUUCUUGUCGAGAUGCGUGAUCAUCAGAAACUAAAAGUGAAUGCUGUAUGUGCACCUGCUGAAUCAUGUGCUGAAAGCUUACCUUCGAGACCUAUUGAAGAAUUACACCGAUACGGAUUUUUCUCAUAUUUACGAGAGUUAUUUGAUGCUCCUCAUCCUGUGAUGAGUUAUCUUUGCUCCCACUACCGUGUUCAUGAUGUCCCUGUGGGAACAGAGAAGACCAGAAACAUGAUUGAAAGGGUCAUACAAGAAACCAAACUGAAGCAAAUAUACACAGCAGAAGAAAAAUACAUUGUUAAAGUAUCUGCUUACACAAACCUAACCCUCUCUACUAACAUAUCCCUGAGGGCAGCACAGUUUCUCACUAGUUCGGUGGAUACAGAUGAAAGACGACAGUUGGAAAACCAGCAACAGGACAUCAAUAACAUGUUAAAGUCAUUGGAUAUGCGUUUGACUACAUUGCUUGAGAGACAGAAGCAUCUGGAACGCAGAGACAAUGAGCUCAGGCAACAGAAGAAGGAGCUUUUAGAGAGAGGAAACAGGAGGAGACAGUUGGAAUCAAAAAUUGGUGUGAAGUAUGAUAGUUUAAGACAGCUGGAACAAGAUGCUAUCAACCUAGAGAAGGAGUCUCAACUGGCAAAUGUAAAGAUCAAAGAAAUAAAUACUGAAAAAGCAAAACUUGUUACUGAAUUAAUGCAUCUCAUAAAGAAUUGCAUAUCACUGAACAUCCUCAAAGCAGAUUUGGUUCUUCAGAGUGCUACAGUGGCUGCUGAGAAGAGCAGACUAGAAUCUGAGUAUAAAGCUGCAAGUGUACAGCUAAGAGCUGCAGAGCAACAAUUUCAUGAACUGGAUGAUAGGAAGCGAGUUCUUACAGAGAACUGCAAGGAAUUGCUGAAAAAAGCUCGGCAGGUCUGCAAACUGAGUCCAGAUCAGUAUCUUCCAAAAGAAUUUCAAACUGCUUUUCAGUCUCUUCCGACCACGUUGGAGGAAAUUGAUGCUUUUCUGAAUGAAGAGAAAAACAGGGCCUCCUGUUUCACAGGCCUGAAUGCUUCGGUUGUUGAAGAAUACAAUAAGCAGACACAAGAAAUACAGCAGUUGACGGACUAUCUAGAGGAAAAGAAAAAUGAACUGGAUAACUAUAAGCAAAACAUUUCACAGGUCAAAGAAAGGUGGCUAAACCCCUUGAAAAAGCUGAUUGAGCAAAUUAAUGAGAAGUUCAGUAAGUUCUUUAGUUCUAUGCAGUGUGUUGGUGAAGUUGAUCUUCAUGUGGAAAAUGAGGAGGAGUAUGACAAGUAUGGGAUUCGCAUUCGAGUCAAAUUCCACAGUAGCACUGAACUUCAUGAAUUGACUCCAUAUCAUCAGAGUGGAGGUGAGAAAAGUGUUUCCACUAUGUUGUACCUGAUGGCUCUACAGGAACUCAACAGAUGUCCUUUCAGGGUUGUAGAUGAAAUAAACCAGGGAAUGGAUCCAAUGAAUGAGAGAAGAGUUUUUGAAAUGGUUGUGAAAACUGCUUGUAAAGAAAGCACAUCUCAGUACUUCUUUAUUACACCAAAGCUCCUGCAGAAUCUCACUUACAAUGACAAGAUGACGGUGUUGUUUGUCUACAAUGGACCUUUUAUGUUGGAGGCAAACAAAUGGAAUUUAAAGGCUUUCUGUAGGCGGCGACGGCGACUUGGAAGGAUGGAAGAACAGUGAUACAAAUAUAUAUAUAUGAAAACUAUAUAAUGUUUUUGAAGAACUUUUUGGAACAUCUGGCUUUCAAGACUUAAGAAAUUGUGAAAGAUGAGAACCUG